GAUUUCAAAAUAAGAGUCAUCAAUUAACAAAGGUGAGAAUGGAAAUCAACCAACUCAUCAUGGUGAUGAGUUGAUUCCCAAUUACUAUAUUUCUCCCCUACUAAUUACUAUGCAGCUCCGCGUCCUCAACGGCACUUAAUUUCAAGCGGCUACUGCCCUGGGAAGCAAGGGGUACCAUUUGAAAAAUGUCUGCAGAGCUUGGCGCCUCUACAAACCCUAGAAAAUGGCGGUUCACUUGGGAAGCCCUUUCUCACAAUCCCACCCUCAGACUACUACUCUUCGAUUCGCACACCAAACCCGCCGACCAAUGUAAGAAUCUGAGCGUCGAUUUGAAUAUCCAACAAUCUCUGCUUCUGGUGAGCUGGCUGGAAGACGUUCAAGUCUCGCUUAGCGUUCCUAUUCCUAAAGUUUUGGUUGACGUCGAAUCUCCCAUCAGUUUCAGAGCAUUGGAGGAUCACAUCGAGGUUAAACUCGUUCUUCUUCUUCCCGUUGAUCACCCUAUCGUUUCCAACUUCGAUUCCCUGUUGAACAAUUUAUCCGCAUAUAAUUCUCAAGGGGAAGAUGAAUUAUCAAACGAGUCACUGCCGCUUUCGUUGGAUUCUGAUUUAAAGAGCCUAACUUCAAAAGGAGGGGUGCACUUCCACUGCAGAAAUUGCUCCACUAAACUGACUAAAAGGCCUAUAAGAAUUUUUUCAGAAACACCUUCUGUAAACUGGCGGGAGGUGGCUGACAAUUGGUUUGGGGCUUGCUGCUGUUCAUUUGGAGGUAUAAGUGAGAAGCUGGUGACUAGGUAUGCAGAUCUUUAUAAAUGCGAGGAGAGUAUGUGCCUAUUAAAUAAUACAUCUGUUCUUCUUAGCAAGGAUGAUCUUUUGGAAUGUAAAUUUGCUGACUGGGAUAAAGUUACGAAAUAUGAGUCUGAACCAUGCCCCCCUAUUGAUAAUGGUCCAGUUGAAGCUGCACGAGUCUCUGGAGGUAAUCAUGGAACAGCGGAAUGCUAUGAUAACGAUUUUGCUGGAGAAUCUUGCUUUUUGCAUCAUAAGAAGGAAAUCCCUGCUGAAAAUGCAGUGUGUGAAGUGUCAGAAAAAGAAAUUAUUGUUGAUAAUUUAUCUUGCACAUUUACAGAAACAGAGUUUUCUAAAAACAUGGUGCCGGCCCAAUGUUGCAUUGAUAUGAUGAAUCUUGUAGUAGAUCAUGGCAGUAAAAUAUGCACACAUGUCACGCCUGAGUUUCUGGAGGAGCAAGAAUUGAAAAAAACUACUGAGCUACCAGAGAAUCAGAGAUCAUUCCUUAAUGGCUUUCUUGGAAACAUUUUUAUGGCUAGAGCCUCCAAUAUUUCAAAAGAUAUUCAGUGGAUUGAAUAUUUUUGCCCUUGGUGUUCAUUUUCUUUGGGAGCAUACCCUUGUGUUAAUGGUAAUGCACCAUUGGAUGGGGGAGUUCGUUUGUUCAAAUGUAAUAUUUCCACUUGCUUUCCAGUUGGUGGAUCAGAUGAUAUCUUCAGGAAGUAUACCUUGGAAAGAAUGUUUGCAUACCAGCUGCUGGAAAGUGCAAAAGAUGAGUUGUCAUUCAGGACUGUGAUUAGUGAUCUAAAAACCAAAUCUCCUAUGAUUCAAGUUGUACUUGUAAAUGCGGAUUCCUGGUGUUGUAGUGGUUAUGCUUUGUGCGCAGAGGGCAAUAUGGAACCACUUCCAAAGAUAAAUUUGCAUCCUAUCAUCAAGGUGCUGUUUUCUGAUUGCAGCAACAAUGUGGAAUCUCAAUCAAGGUUGAUAGAAGAAUGGGUUAUGAAAAAUCUUGCAGAUGAAGUUUACAUGUUGACACAUCAAAUAAAAGAAUUGGUUGUAUCCUUGGAUUCAGGAAGGAAUAUUUAUCCACCUUCAUAUGGCUUCCUGCAGGGCUUGGCUUUGUCAUACAUUCAGAGGUAAUGAUAAUCUCUUGUUUUGAUUCUUAGAUCCUGUUUGAGUUUCAGAAUGAUAAAGAAAAGUGAUUCCACUGGAGAAGUGAUGGUCAAUGGGUUCAGAAAUGAAAAGCUGAAGUGCUUUUUUCUUGAGAAAUGGAAGAAGUGAUUCCGAACCUGAAACAGUUGUAACACCUACUUUUAUUCUGUGAUCGGUUCAUCAUGGGUGUGCAGUUCAAACUUCUAAUAUGAAAGCUCAUGUUCUCUGAACACAUUGUUUCAAAUGCUGGACCCAGAUUAGUCAAGAAAUGACACGAAGGCAAUUGACUCUGGCCCAGGUUGCAUAGUUAAAAGCUUAUUUUUGUCCCCAACUUGACCGAAGCAUUGGCAAACAGAUUACAGAUCAGUUCUUUCUGCUCCCAACUUCUUGUUCCCAGCAUAAGCAGAAGGUACCUUAUCAUUAAUGUUUUGAUAGAUUUUUGCCCAAUUCUUUUAUGAUAUUAUUUACCCACAAUCUUGUCAGAUCAACUCCCUUACAGUCAUGAUGUUUCGAAUUUUUCACGCUAAGAAAAACUACCUAAGCAAUUAUGAUUGCUCGAAUGCAAUGACUUGCAUGUUUGUAUAUAUUUUUGUUAUUUGUGGAGCUGAUGUGGAGAGGUUUAUGUGUACUUAUGUUGAUUAUAAGAAAAUAAAAAUAUAAGCUUAUGUUGCAAAUGCAAA